UAUGAAGAUAUUUCCUUCAGAUGAGUGUUAGACAAGUGUUCUUGUCUGUAAACGAACAACAGGUCGUUAAACAAACGACUUAGAUUUAUUUUUUCCUCUAAAGACAGCCUCCUCCGUAUUCGUACGGAUUCUCUUGGUGGUAAUCUCUCUCUGAACGGUGCCCCGAGUCCUGUCAUUGCUGAAUGUCACAGUCGGCGCUCGGCUCUGCGGUCACCAAACAGGCGGCGUCCGACGCGUCACCGCGCUUCACCUGUAUAUAAAGCCGCAGACCGUGCUCUGCCACCUUCUGGCUCUUUUAAACGGAGCCUCAAGAAGUUGCCUUUCGCCGGAGAUGUUUUAUUCUGGUGUGCUGACCGACGGCAGCAGGAAGGAGAUGGAGAUCAGAGAGGCUGCUGCGCUGAGGCAGCAGCGGAGGAUGAAGCAGGCGGUCCAGUUCCUGCACAAGGACUCCGCGGACCUGCUCCCGUUAGACGGCCUGAAGAAAUUAGGCACCUCAAAAGAAAUGCAGCCACACAACAUCCUUCAGAGACGACUACUGGAAACAAACCUGUCGAGAUUUCGAAUGAACAACCGUGGAACAAGGCUCCCAAACAAUGCAAUACAUGCACAGAGCAAUGGUUUUCAUCACAGCAAACCAGAGGGCAUAACAGUACCAGAGGAAGAGGACCUCAUAUUUGUGUGUUGCAAGUGCUCUGGGAGGGAGAUUAAGGUCCUGAUUGACACUGGCUGCAAGUAUAACUUCAUUUCCACUGCGUGUCUGGACAGACUCGGUUUAAAGGAAUCUGUCAAUGCGAACAAAAUUGAAACAGACAACCUCCUGUUUUCACAUCGUUUCCAAGCCAUGGGACAGAUUGAGAAAGUGUCUCUGAUGAUUGGGCAUGUGAAGGUCGACUGCUCAGUAAUUGUUGUAGAAAAUGACAGGAACUUUAUGUCACUGGGCAGUAAAACUCUGAAGUCAUUGAAGUGUGUGAUUGACACAGAAAAGCGAGUCUUAGUUCUGGGCAGAGUGGAAAAGGAUCAAGUUCAGUUUGUUGAUGGUAAAGACGAAUCGCAAGGAGACAGCUCUCCUGGAAUUUGAAACACAGUUUUCUCAGCACAUGACUGCCAGCACUAACAUAUACAAUCUGUGCACAGUUGCUUAAUUAGAAUUCACACAAUCAUUCACAAAGCCUGCAGUCUGCCAUCACAGUUCCUCCAUUUUUCCAUUGCAAAUCAGUCCCUUAUUUUCUUAUCUGCUUGUGGCCAUGAUGAAUUACAUAUAAUAGCAAGUGUCAUGUUAAUGAUGUCAUCUUCAUGCAUUGUAGUACAUACUGGUUUACUAUAUAUAUGGACCACAAAAAAACCAAUGGAGCACAUUUACAGUAUUUAUGAAGUUUAUCAUGCUGUAACAUAGAAUUGUAAUAUUGCUUAAGGUUUCUUAUAUGAAAAGCUGCUUUGGCUUUUAGCAACAAUUUUGAAGACGUUUUUUAAAAUUAAGCCAGAUGUAUCACAUUCUUGUAUUUCCAAGUACAGAAAAUUCAAAAAAUGUUCCGUAAAUGUAACUGGCUUAUCAAAGACAUUGUGUUUUUAUAUAGCAGGAUGAAGAAGGCUAGUGGUUAUUUUAAACUGCUUUGACUGAGCUCCUGUUACUGCACGAACAGGUUCACAAAGAACCAAAGUUAUAAUUUUCAAUAUUGAUAGAACCGUUUCUACAUUCUGUUCGUAGGAAGACUGUGGAUA